GACUGAAUAGCAACUAAUAAUCCACCUGCUUCAGAUCUAGUCGAUGAAUAUUCAUCUCUGCUAGUUAAUGUCUCCAGAGUUUCUAUAAUUUUAGAAAAUUUAUCCCUAACCAUCUUGACGGCUUCUCCUCUGCCGCUCCAGCGGGUCUCAACUAGACGUUUAAGGUUAGUUCAGGUUAUUUUGAUGAGGAUAUCCCAGCGGUGUGUUGAAGUUGAGAAAAAGGAGUGUGAACGGUCCAGUGUACCAAAAAAAUGACAAGGCCUAAAGUUUAAUAACAUUCUUUUCUUUGGUGGGAAAGGUUGAGAUGGUUAUGUUCUUAGUUAUAUUUGAUUCAUUGUUGAUACAUUACAAUACUCUGAUGAAUUACAAGUUAUCUGUAUUCAGUGCUUUAUGUUUUUGCAUUUUAUGAUUUUACAUUGCAAAUUUUGAAAUGUGCUAGUAUAUUUUAUUCUUUUUGACUGUUGUUUAAUUAGGACUGUAUUGUUUACACUGUCUGAUGGUUCAGCUUCUUCAGUAUGAAUUUUUGAGGAGUGUACUAAAGACAUGCUUGUUUGCUGUCCUUUAGUCUCUAGAACCUUCGGUAUUGAAGUAGUUUCUUCUUUUUCAUCAUUCAGGAUGUCGGCCUCAUCAUUUCUUUCUGGAUUCAAUGAUAACCGUCUCAUCUUGCUUUGUUGCUUUUAAUUGUUCAGUUAAUUCAUACCCAAUAACAGCUCGCCUAUAGUCGGUGGACUCUGUGAAAUAUUUAGAAAUGAAGUCAACUAUCUCAAGAUUGGAUGAAGAAGUUACAUAUUUAGAAAAUACAAAAGCUAACCUGGAAAUGGAGAGGGAUAGCAUCUUUUCCAGUAUGAUGGAGGAGCGAGAAAAGUUUCAUAACGAAUGUUCAGUACUGACAUCUUCAAUCUUAGAAUUACAGACCACAGUAACAAACUCUGAAGGCAAGAACAAUGUCUUGAAUAAAACUGUACUAGAACUGCAAUCUAAAAAUGCUCAUUUAGAAAAUGAUAUGAAUAUCAUUUCUUCCCAGCUAGAUGCUGAGAGAGUCAAGUCAGCAAAAAAGAAUUUUGAGCUUAAGUCGACCAUAUCUGCAUUGCAAGAAGAAUCUCAGGCAGAAAAAGACCAAUUGAAAAUGACCAUAUCUGCAUUUCAAGAAGAAUUUCAGGCAGAGAAAGACCAAUUGAAAAUGACCAUAUCUGCAUUGCAAGAAGAAUUUCAGAUAGAGAAAGACCAGUUGAAAGCUACCAUAUCAGAAUUACAGAACGACACCAUAGAAUUAAAAGAGAAAUUAGAUUACACUAAGCAAGAGUGUCAAACUGUUUUGUCUCAACUGCAUAAAGAAAGGGAGUCUCUAAACUCAUACAAAUUAGAAAACUCACAGAUGAAAUCAACUAUUUUGAAUAAAGAGAAAGAAGUAGCAGAUUUGAAAGCUGAAAUUAGAAAUCUAGCUAAUACUUUAGUGGAAUCAGAAUACAUUAGAAACGACCUUGAGAAAGGCUUAGCUGAUGAAAGGGAACAAUUCAAUGCUCCGUUUUGAACUCAUCAGUAGCAGAACUGACGCAGAAGCUUGAGCACUGUGAGAAUGAGAGAAGUAACUUGAAUCAAACAAUACAGGAGCUCAAGACUAUGAUUAUCCAUUUGGAAAAAGACAAGGAGGCUUUGUCAUCACAGCUGGAAGAAAACUGGAAACUGAUUAACAAAAUAGAGCCUUUCAGAGAAGUCUUGGAUAAUUUUCAAAUGGAAAAAAAAUUCUUGUUGGAAAGAGACAAAUAUACAAGUGAGCAAAUGGAAAGAUUGAUCAAAGAAGCCAUUAAAAACAUGGGUCAUCAAAACCAUUGCCAGAAAGUCAAAUAUGUGGAGACUGAAAAAG